AUGCCGUUCAGCUUUGCUCUCGGUACGGCUCUGUAUAAAAAUGAGGGUGUCAAUGCUACCACUGGAAGAACUCGGGAUGGGUUGAUGCGUGAUGCCAUUGACAACCUGUUGAGUAAUACCGCUAGAGGGAUGACCAACUGGCUCCGUUCAUUCUUCGCUUCACCAUUCCUGGGACAAAAUGAGAUUUCCGAAGUAUAUAUCGUCGUUCGAUGGCCGUACCUAAUCUUCUUAGGGGACACAGGUCAUCUUGUCCACUAUAUUCCUCAUUUGGAUCGUCCUCGAUUCGAAAGUGCGUAA